AACCGCUUGACAAGCUUCUCCAACACUCCUACUCAAUUGUGCUCAACUGCUUGAUCUUUAACGCACAAACACUUGCAUCAUGGCUGAAGACACUCCGACUUUCCGCUUCAUGGAUAUGCCCCGCCAGAUCCGGGAUGAAGUACACAGUCAUCUGCUGUGCGCGUACGAAGCCCCCUACAUAUGAUAAGUGGGGAUAUGCUAGUCUGAGAGACGAGCCUACUCUGACCUUUUUUGAGCACUCCAUUGAUACGGCUAUCUUGCGCACUAACAGCCAGAUUCACCACGAGGCCUAUGAUAUCAUGGUGAAACCUAAUCGUUUCAUUCGACUCAACUGCGCAAUGUAUAUGCCUUUUCUCAAGGGCUUUUCAGGUCAUGAUAUGCCAACUAUAGUAAGUGGACCCGCUGUAGAACAAUUCAAAGGGUUAACCUAUUUUACCUUUCUCUCUCGGCAAAAGAGACAUGGACAGAUGCCAUUAGUAAUCUAGCAGCAGUAUUUCCAGUCGUAUUUAAUCACUGCAGUAUUCUA